AUGUGUCGGGCGUUCAUCCAUUUUUUGCUUCUCUGGCUGUGUGUUCUGGGUGUUUGGGGAAAUUUUCAAGUGGACGAUAGUGAUGCAGAUUUGACCACUCUGCAGUUACUAAGAAAGUAUGGAUACCGAGCUCGACCGUACACCGUGACGACCUCAGACGGAUACAGAUUGACUCUUCACCGAAUGUUCCAAAAGGGUGGCUAUGAUCGUCUGCUACUUCCCGUACUCGUCGUGCACGGACUACUGGGAAGUUCAUCCGAUUUCAUAAUAGCUGGACCAGAACAUGGACUGGGGUAUCAGUUGGCCAACGAUGGGUUUGACGUAUGGCUAGCUAAUACACGUGGCAACCGUUACUCUCGAGAGCACUUGCACCUUUCUCCGGCGGAUAGUGAAUUUUGGGAGUUUUCUUGGCACGAAAAGGCGAUCUACGAUCUACCGGCAAUGAUCGAUUUUAUUCUAAACGAAACAUCAACCACACAGUUGUACUACAUCGGAUAUUCACAGGGUUCCACAGAAUAUUACGUUCUGACCAGCUUUCGUCCUGAAUAUAAUCAUAAAAUUCGGUACGCACAUACCCUAGCUCCGGCUGUGACGCUGCACGACAUACGUAGUCCUGUGGUACGGGCGGCGGUAGAUAACUCAGCAUCGCUCAUUUCUUUGGGCCGAAGACUCAACGUGGUCGAAUUGCUUCCGUGGUCAGCACAACAGAAUACACUGAUACGGAUGUCUUGUGCGGUAAACACUCCAGGGAGUCAGUGUGAAACCUUCGCUGCAAAUCUGUUCGGACCACAUCCUGAGUCAUAUGACAAGCAAAUCCUACAACUCUUGUUUGCUCAUUGUCCGUCUGGAGCCUCGCGGAAGGAGUUAGAGCAUUUCAAUCAGGUCGUGUACAGCGGAAUCUUCCGGCCAUUCGAGAGGGACGGUAUCGAGUGUAUCCACCAACCGUACAAUCUGAGUGCAUCCAGUGCUCCGGUGUCCAUCUUCUACGGACUUAACGACUGGAUUGUGCACCCAAAAAACAUGAACCGUUUGGCUGUCUUAUUACCGAAUCUAAGGGAAUUGGCCGCGGUUGGUGGAAAAAAGUUUAAUCACGUCGAUUUUAUCAUUGGUAAACGGGUUAGGACAGCUGUGUAUCAUAAAAUAUUACAAAACCUUCGCAAUGAUUCACGAGCGUACCAGCGGCUUCCAGUCAUGAGUUAA